GGUGAAGAAAUAUUUCAUAGUAAAGGAACCCGAGGGAGAGAGAGAGAGGGAGCAUGCGCCCCUGCGAGCGCCGUGAAGUACGCUGAUUACGUCGCGCGUGGGGUCGUAGUAGUAGCCGGGGAGGGAUGACACGCCGUCAGUGUACCGCGAGCUACGAACGAGGACGUAAGUCGCGCGCGCCGACGCCUUCGCGUUUUGCGUCAGUGGGCGUAAUCGCCGCGGGGUCGUGCAGCGGUGGUCGACAACCCCUGACCGCCGUCGGCGGGGUAUUCCGCGUCGCUGCUUGCCGCGAUCGCUUCGACGAUGCGGAACUCGCGGUAGAGUCGCGGACACGACGCGGGAAAAACGGAUGCGCGUGUGUCGGAGCACGACGAGCGGUGUGCCGACGCGGGAUGAGCGCCAGAGAAGUCACCCUCUUCGGCGGCUCCCCAUGGGGCUUCCGGAUGCACGGCGGAUGCGACUCUCAUCAACCCCUACGCAUCUCCAGGGUGAAUCCGGGAAGCAAGGCGGCCCAACAGGGGGUGAGGGAGGGCGAUCUGAUCAGUAGCAUCAACGGGAGGAGCACUCGAGAUUUGACCAACAGCGAGGCCCACACUUUGCUACGUACUUCCGGGGAACAGUUGAAGCUCGGUCUCAAUCAAGAAAACACCGGCUCGCCGAAGAGAAGGAUCUACAAGAGCAGCCUUCAAGAGAACACCACCGAAAUCCACAACAAGAUCACAACGAGGACCACCACGCGCACACGGACGGAAACGGAGAAAAACGUAGCCAAUGACACAAAAGCCGACCAGAGCUACGUCAAUCGUCAGAACGGUGCUCUGAAGAAUUGUCCGAGCGAACAACGAAGCGACGUUAAGAAAGGACGUCGCGAUCCGCCGACGGAUUACGGCGGGAUGCCGCAGGGGAGCGCGCGUAACCGCGGCCGCAGGUGCCGGAACCGCCGUCGGGCGCAGCGGCCGCUCGCUGAAUCGCAUGACGGCGAACGACGGAAGAAACCGGAGGGAAUUCCGGCGAAGGCCGACAACAACGACGAGGAGGAGAGGAGAAGAGAAGCCUCGAAGACGAGCUUGGCCGCGGCCAAGCACCGCUUCUUCCGGCCGGACGAGAGACGCAGGAUCGAGAAGGUCGAGCUGCGAUCGUGCGGGCCGAGGAUAGUCGAGAUCACGACCGUCAGCAGUUUGCCCCUCGAGGCUACGAUCGGCCACAUCGCCGGGGUGGGCAUCCUGGAGACGGGAAUCGGCGACAGGACGACGACGAAGGAUUCGCCGAUAAUAACGAUAUCAGAGCCGGUGGAGGCGUUGGCCGGUACGAAGCGAAGCUCGCGCGAGGACGACGAGUGGACGAGUCGGUUGGAGAUUCGCGAGGUCAGCGACAGCGACGCGGAGGUCGAGUGCGGUCGACCGACGAUCGUCGAGGUCGAGUCCGACGAUCAUCCGCUCGAUCACGGGGCAGCGAGGGGUCAGUUCGUGCCGCAGAAGAAGUCGGAGUCGCCGACUCUGAUGUGGGACACGGUGAUGCCGCGGGAGGUCGAGAGGAAGCUGCGGAAUUUCAUCGAGGGCCUGCAGCUGCCGAGCUUCUCCGAGGAGAUCACCGAGGAGGACGGCGGCUCCUCGGAGAAGCUGUCCCGUCAGGCGACGGUGGAGGACAGAUCCUCGGAGAAGGUGGCCGGCACGUCGCGUCGGAAGACGAGGAAACGCGCCGUCUCGGAGUCUCACUUCGCCAGCCUCCUGGAGAUCAUACAGGAGGAGGGCGAGAGGCUGUCGGAAGACGAGGCGCAGCACAUUAGGGACUUCAUCAACGAGGAGAUCAGCAAGUACCGGCGCGAGGACAGGCGAUCCGCCGAGAGGAACGGCGCCCCGGUGAAAAGAGACGAGAAGGUCUGCGAGAUGCCCACGUGCGACGUCACGAUCAGCGUCGACGCGUCGGCGUGCGCGGCGAGCGAGGAAUCCGCUGGGAAUAACGUCGGCUCCGAAGCGACGCACUCGCCGAGCAACGCGUCGUCCGCGGCGAUUACGAGGAACGAGGGCCUCAUCGACAGGAAAAUGGACGUUCUGCCGAGCGAGGCUGUGAGCGAGGAGCGGGGCGAAUCAGCGGCGAGCGGUAAGCCGGAAGACGUCAAUAAUAACGCGAGCAUAGGAAACAACGCGACGAUGGAGCGCGAUGAAUCAUCGCGCAUCGAAACGGUGAGGGGAUCGAAGGAACGCGAUUCCGUCGGGACGCCACGAGGACGCGAGCAGCGGCUCGUCUCGUGCCCGUCGCGAGAGAAGCGACCGCCGCUUCCUCCAAAGAGGUCGUCCAGUUUCGGCCACGAGCCGCAGAGACCGCCGACGCCACCUGAAAUAGACUACGCGUCGAGCGGUGCGAACAUUCGCCGAGCGCUCGGCGCGGAUUUACUCGCGCGGAAGCGCGAGAUCGGGGACGAGAAGACGGCUGUCUCUCGUCCUUCGGACGUCCGGCCCGACGAGGCUCGCGAAACUUUGCGAAACCGCGCGAACCGGCUCGGCGCGCCAACCAGCGGGAAUGUCGAGGCUCCGGGUGGCUCAUCGAUCGCGUCAUCGGGUAUUCGCGACGGUGAUCCGUCGCGCGACGUCGGGACGCUCGGCGUCGCGCUGGCAAGCGCGACCAGCACGGAAAUAACGCGUCGCGAGGAAGGGAAGCCCGCGACGGCCGUUGUUGCACGCCCGCCGACACGAGACGCUCCGUCGUCGAGGCGACGGCAGGCCGGCGGUCCUUUGGCUAAGGACGAUCCCGGGACUCCGAAGAUUGGCAAGAUGGCCGCUGAUAAGUCGGACGCGACUCCUUCGCCGGGUGACGACUCGACGAAGAGUAGCGAGCGGAAGCCCGGAGGAGGGCACGUCGGCGAGGAGUCGACGUCGAGCUACCAUCGCGAGCGGACGGUGAAGAAGAGCGAGAUGUCGGAGACGCGGGUAGUUGAGCGACGCGAGGAGAGCUCGGGUGCCGAGGAUGGCCCUCGUAACUCCGAGUGUUCGACGUGGGAGUCGAGGCGCGAGGAGAGGCGCGAGGAGAGGUACGAGGAGAAGCGCGAAGAAACGCGCGGCUUCCGCCGGUCCGACGACGAAGCGAGCUCCCCGGGUGCACCGGACCUCCAAGGACACGACUCGUCGAGCAGCACCGCGUCCUUCAGCACCGUGAAACGCUGUCCGACGGAAGCUUCGUUGACCGACAUCAACGCGAUCGGGGACUGCGGUUCCCGGGAAGAGUCCUUCGUCCCUUACUCGCCCGUGGAGGGUCUCCAAGGCCCGAGAGCGUGCGAACGAGUCUCCGAGGACUCGUCACUCCGCACGACCGACCGGCCGUCUUCCUUGCGGGAGCUCUGCGUGAAGAAGAUCCUCUCGAUGCCGUUCGGGCCGCAGGUGAUCAGCGAGAUCACCACGCCGCGGCUCAACAUCUUCGAGAGUCUGCGGGCCCUGCAGAGGUUUGUGAGUAACGCUCGCGAUAACGCCCGAUUAAACCCGCAUGGAGUGGUGACUGACCCGGCCGGACUAACGAAAGCGCCGACCUCGGGAGAUGAGCCUAACGAACACGCUGUUUCAGAGCUAAGGGCUAAGUCGUCGGUUAAUAUUGAGACUCCUUUGUCAGACAUGGAGCGCCAUUGGAGAGGUCUCUCCACGUCGGAGGACCCGAGACUGCUGGUCUGCCUGUCGCCGUCGCAGCAGCAGGCGACGUCGGUGCGCACCAGCGCCGACACCUUGCUGGACCUCCACCGGAAGUUCUUGAAUCGGCACAGCUAUCGCGACGAACAGCCGCAGUGCGUUCCUCUGCCGCAGUACCGGGUGCAGCUCCUCCCGAUGAGGGACGACGACGCGCCCAGGCCACCCGCUCGUGCUGUUCGUCGCGGCGGACCGAGCAACAGGCUGCUGGAGAUCAUCAAGGAGCACUCUCCGGCGUCCCGAGACGGUGCGGAACGUCCAUCGUCUGAGAGAACGGACGAGUCCUCGGACCGUUGGUGCGCUUUCGGGGGUCAAGAGCGUCGCAAGGCCUCGAAUCUCGCCGAUUGCCGAAGCGCCGCCGCGAACGAGUUAUUCUUGGCGGCGGCGAGGGGCGAGGGUGGACGCGACGAUAAGCCGAGUCACGUGGCCCGAGGAGAUCAGUCUAGGAUUGCGACACGGUGCACCGCCGGACAUCGGCCAUCGGGCGACGCUGCUGUGAUAGCCCGCGAUUCGAACAGCGCCCCGGACGCCGGCAAGAAGACUCGGAGGGCCGCCGAGCUCGGUCGGCACGUGAACCCGGCGCUGAUCGACGACAAGCUGGAGGUGCCGCCGUUGCCGAAGCGCACGGUCACGGUGGACCGGUCCUGCAUCGACACCACGAGCAUCUUCGAUCGGAACCCGCCGAGGAGCCACUUGGAGCCACGGAGGGCUCGCGAGACGGCGGAGAGUCUGAAGCACGUGGCGGCCGCGGAGAUCAUGGAUCAGCUGAAGAACCUGCGGCUGGACGGCGGCAGGAGGGCCUCUUUGCCGCAGGAGUGCUUCACGCACCAGCUCAAGUAUAUCGAGCUGCUGGAGGAGCAGCUGAAGAACGUGAUAUUGGCGGAGGAGGAGGAGCUGCAGACGCGACAAUGCGAGGACGUGAAGGGCCGCAGCGAUAUUCCUGAGGAGGUGCCGAGGAAGACCCGCGUGACUUUCGCACGCGACGGGACGACGGAAUGCGCGAGGGACACCUGCCGGAGUGAGCCGGAAGUGCAGGCGGAGAGCUGGCGGGAGAAAUCGCGGAACGUGGAGAACGAUCGCACGGAGACGAUCGACGAAGCGGGCAGUCGCCGGUUCAGGAAGGUGCGCCACGAGAACGGUGCGCGCGAGGAGGAGUCCUCGGAGAGCAUCGAGCGUAAGGAGUGUCGCGUGAUCAUCGGGGAACCGGGGAAGAACGAGCGUAGCGCGAAAACCCCGACGACGAGCGCAUCCACCGAAACGCGGCCGAGCGUCCUCAAGGACGUCCGGACGAAGAGAUCGCUACCGACCAACGGGGAAGUGUUUCGCCAACGAAUGUACGACGAGUACGUGCACAAGGUGCUGGAGCGGCAAGAGCGGAAGAACCACAAGGUCGUGAAGAUCAGCUCUCACGAGGACAUCCGCAAGGUGGACGGCAAGUCGAGCGACAUGAGCGCCAUGGCGAAGGAGUUCAUCGAGAAGGCGCGCAGCCGGCUGAAUAAGUUCGGGAUCAACUUUGACGGGACGGAACGCGAAGAGGAGGAGGAGGAGGAGCAACGCCGGGAGGACGGCGUGGUGAUCAGGGCCAAGUGCCUGAUCGAUGGCGAGGAGCUCGAGGACGCUCGGAAGCUGCCGAAACAUCUGCGGGAGUUCCUGAAGAUCUCCAGCGAGGAGGACGGCGAGGGCGAGAACGUUAUGUUCGCCCCUACGUUUAAAGCCUCGUCAGCGAAACCAGGCGUUUGGUCGCCAGGACAGACAACGGUCGCGAAGGAACCGAGUCCCGAUCGUACGGGGGAGCCGCCGAAGGACGAGGCGAUUCCGCCGGUCUGGACACCGGCCAGCGCCGGCGCGAGUCCCAUCGCGGAGAGGAAGGAGUUUCGUCCUGUGCCGUUCGAGAGCCCCGUACUGAACCGGAGGAGGCAGCCCAAGGAAGAGGAGGCGACGCCGCCUUGGGAGGAGAGGAAGGAGAGCUCGCGAAUCGUCAAUUCGCACUCAGCGCCCGCCCAGGGCCUCAACAUCCUCGCGUCCACGCCGCGCUUGCCACGCGCCCAGAAUCCGACCAUCACGUUGCUGCAGAAAGCGAGAGAGGGACAGUUGCCGAAAGGCGCGGCAUAUCUGGAGGAAAGCGAAUCCACCGACAAUCGACCCCCGAGCGACGAGAGGCCGCUGAUCUCUCCCGGAGAAAUACUCUACACUGUGAAGAAGGAGUACGAGAGCGAGCCGGAAGCAGAGAAUGAGCCGCCGAAGAAGAUGGCCGAUCUCGGCCCUCGAAAGUUCGAGGGGAUCGGCCCGGUGACGAAGGAGGGUAUCCCUCUCGUCCUGCGAUCGGAAGUCAAGGAGAGCAAUCAGGCGAAAUGGUACAAGAGAAUGUACGACUCGCUGCACCGCGCCGAUCGAAACGAUGACUACGUAACCAUCCGUUACAAACCAAGAAGAGGUGGGAGAUACGGAUACGGAAGCGGCAGCGGAUAUUUGAGCGAACCGGAACCGCGCGCAUACUCGGAUCGAUCCGUUACUCUCGAUAGCCGGCGACGACUGCGCAACAAAGAAAAUGAUUUCACCACGGCGACUAUGCCCAGAAAGAACGGGGCGCUGAGGUACUCGACGGAGAUCUAUAAAAAUCAACCCGGCCGCAUCGAGGACUAUGAACCGGGGCACUCGUCGAUCGCCGAGAAGGAAGCUAAAGAGCCGACUUACGACGCGCGGACGAGAAGGAAGUGGUGGGACGAGGUCAUGGACAUAUUUGACGGGUGGCUGAACGAAAACGGACGUCCCCAGCACGCGCAGGCCAGGAUGGAGUCCCUGCGUGGCAUCCGGCAGUCCCGCGUCCUCAGCCUCUCCUACCGGCCGGAGAGCAGCCACAGUCCCUUUGACCAGCGCAACGCACGGGCCACGAAACCGUACAUGACUCAUGCCCUCAAGGAGUCGGGCUACGAGAGCGACUCGACGCUGGUAUUUCGCCGCAGGGAAGACAUCAGUCCGCUCAGUCUCCUUGAGCAGAGACUGGCCUACAAGACGGUGCAGAGCGGUGGCGACGUACCCCUCCAUGGGCUUCGCAAGCCGGCCCCGGAACGUCCGAAGGAAUACUCGAAUGCACCCCCGCCGCCGCCAAAAUCCCAGCACUGCAGGGACGAUCGCCAAGAAUCGCCGAGGCGUUAUGUGGAGGGUGAGGUAACGAUUCACUAUCGCUCGCCGGUGCGUACAGAGGCGAAGGAGCCGUUGAGCGAGGAGGAACUCGCGCGCCGAAGCGCGGAAAACAUGCGGCGCGUUUACCAGGAGGAGCGCCGUCGCAAGUACCUCCAGGAGCUGCACGACAUCGACUCCCGCAGGCACACGGAUAACUUCAUACCCUCGCAGAAGUCGCCCAUACCUUUAAAUCGCUACGACGACUUCGUGGACGAUUUAAGCCAGAGAAGUCGAUCCCAAGAUCAAACGCCCGAGCCGCGGCUGGUGGCGAGAGCCCUUUACAAUUUUGUCGGCCAGUCGUCACGAGAAUUGACCUUCCGGCGCGGCGACAUCAUAUUCGUUCGACGACAGGUGGACAAGAACUGGUAUGAGGGCGAGUACAACGCGAUGAUUGGACUGUUUCCCUUCAACUACGUCGAGAUUCUACCAUACGAUGGCAUGCGAACGACCCCGAAGAAGUCUCACGAAGGACAGGCACAGGCUAAAUUCAACUUUGUCGCUCAGACUAAUCUGGAAUUGUCCUUAGCGAAGGGCGAGCUGGUGGUGCUGACCAGAAGAGUCGACGAGAAUUGGUACGAGGGACGCAUAGGAAACCGCAAAGGCAUCUUCCCGAUUUCCUACGUCGAGGUCAUCACAGAACCCGGACAUCGAUCAGAGACUCCGAUUCAAAACAAACCGGUGGCCUCUCCGGCGGCGCACAGUCUCUUAGCGAACGGCUCCUCCGGAGGCAAAAUGAGUAUGGGACCGCAUCAUUACGUGCCGUCCAUCCCGGUCAAUAUAAACACAACCCAGCCCCAUUAUAAUUCACUGCCACGAAUGGGCGGAAGCAAGCUGCACGUAUCGCAGCUCAGCGAGACUCUACACAUCGACACGCACUCGGAACCGAUCCCAUAUCGGGCGCUGUACAACUACAAACCGCAGAACGAGGACGAACUGGAGCUGAAGGAGGGCGAUACGGUAUACGUGAUGGAGAAAUGCGACGACGGCUGGUACGUCGGCUCCAGCCAGAGGACCGGUUACUUCGGCACUUUCCCGGGUAACUACGUGGAGAGAUUGUGAGGCAGGCCGACGAUCCAGGACCUGGACGCGUCGCGCAUCAAGGCCCAGGAUAACCUUUACCAAAGCACUAGACGGGAUCGUUAAGAUACACACACGACAGGCCGGAUUUCUGCGUUUAAUCCGAUCGCUCCUGGUAAGACGUUCUCGGCAUCCCCGAGCACGACGCUGCGGAAGCUUUCGCGUCGCAGUCUCCGUCGGGAAGAGAUUGUCGUAGAAGCGGAUUUCCCUCUGGUAACUGUUAAUACUUUUAUUAAGAUUGUGUGUAAAGGUAAUUCUACUGUAAUCCAUAGUGUCACCGACGUCUUCGAUAAGCGCUAAUCAGGACGGUUGAUUUCUCUCUCAUUGCGUUUGUGCUCUAACGAUUUCUCUUAGACGCGCGAAUUACUUAGGACGAGAAGCGCUAGGACGGUUUGUCGUCUUUUACGCUUCGACGGUUAUUCGGAUUUGAUUAAUCGCGUGAUUUGUUGGCACAUGUCGGUUUGCAAAUUCCUACUCGUAAUAUCAUCUGUGCUCGCGAUGCCUCGGAAAUCUACUCGAGACGAUUCCUUCCGAAACGAUCGUGUAAUACGUAAUUUCAUACAGCACCGUCGUACAUGAUACAACGAAUGAGGGUCCUGCUUAGACCCGCACGAAUACCAGCGUCGCAUUAAAAGCGUCGUCUCGAGUCGAACGAAUAACGGUAGAAAAGUCACACGCAACGUCGCUAAUAUUCUGAUCGGACCGGCAAUUACUCGUCAAGCGAAAGCUCGUUAAGCGUACGUAGCGGAAAACAAAGAACGUCACAAGAGUCUUCCUUUUUGGGUAUAGCAGCGGUGUUAUCGGUAACACACAGGGGAAUUAGGACUAAUCAUAGAACGGUGUUCGCGGCGAGACGUGACGGCGCUCCCGCACGAUCGGAAUUAAUGACGCUGCGUGUCGCGUAUUUUUUACACCUUCUUUAUCGUUAUCUGUCGCUGAACUGCGUCAACGUUCGCGGAAAUACGGGUAUACAUCGUCAGUGUAAAUUCAUCGCGAUUAAUACGGGCCGAUGUCGAGGAUCGAACGCGUUGCCAAUAUUCAAAACAAUUGUCCAAGGUAAUCGCUGACUGUGUCGGAGGGGCCUCUUUGCCGUCGGUUCUACCAAAAAGAUCUAGCGAGAUAGUCCGCUAAGGAUACGCGAGUCUGUAAGUAGUUGUACGAUAACGAUUAGUUAACUUAUUGUUAUUUCUGUUUCUGCCGGCCAGCCCGGGAAACGUCGUAGUGCGCGCGUUUCCAAGUGAAUUUUGCGACGCGGUGAAAUUGCGUUGAGGAAAAUGACAAGAAAGAAAGAAACGGAGAAAACGUACGAAGGGGAACAGGUUCGUCGAAAGGGUUCCUCGAGACAGCGGACGCAACGCAAUUAGUUUGAGAAAUUGCGGAACGGCUGUUUUGCGCCGCAGGAGCGAAUUAGCAGUUACAGUGAAUUGUGUUGAAUUAGGCGCUACGGGUCUCCCUAUAAUUUACUUGCGGUAUACUGUAGAUAAAUCGGCCACUGUUAUUGUUGCAUUCGCGAAUAUAUUCGAGACUAACGACUUAUAAUUGAAAGUUUGCCUUCCCAAAUUAAUAUUUUUGUAAGCGCAUUAUUUGUACCUAGAGUUAUAUAUAUAUAUAAACGCGGACACACAUAAAGAGUAGAGGAGAAAUACAUAUAUAUACAUAAGAAUAUACCGUAUAUACAUAGUAUAUCACGAGAUAUAUAAUAUAUAAUAUAAAGGGAUAUCACAUGUAACUAUACCAGUUGCGACUACUAACGCGUCGGUGUACACGCAGAGACAUGACAGAAACGUGGUCUAUAAAUGUACGAAACACACACACACACACACACACACGUUUUAUGUAUGUAUAAUCAAUGUAAAUAAUUGCGAGGAGAGGAUCGCCAGGUUCCUCGCGACGUAAAAGUAACGUCAACGUCGCCGCGGCAUCAUCCAAGUCACGUCGUCAAGAUCAUUUCUAACGUCACCUCGCCAUGAUCGCCUAUCCCCUCCUAAGGGUUGCAACAAUAGAAACGCAGCCGGGAAUCAGACAAUACUAUAACUACAAUAAUAAUUAACGGGACGUGAGAUAAGAAGAGCGUGGCAAGGGCAUUAUACAGGCGCUGCAGUGUAUCCGAUAAAGCGGUAGAUGUCGUUUUUACCUUGCGAGAAGGAGCUGAUCGUCUCGUCGUUUGCCUCGUGUCCUCGGCGAACGUUUGCACGAGCGAGCGUGUGCGUAAAGCGUAAAAAAGCUCGGCCGUCUCUCGCGCCUGUUCCGAUUGUCAGUAAUUGCACGACGAACAUCGAAAUUCUUUUGGAAAUUUCACGAAUAUCAGACGGUCGGAUCAUCAGAUUUUUGUCACUUAAAUCGGGAACUCAAUUAAGUGCGCGAAAUUUCCCCCAUCUGCGUCUAUAUGAGAGAGAGUGAGAAAACGCACAACACGUGCAAUGAAUAUAACACUCGGGCGGUUCGCGCGCGCCGGACAACCUUGCGUCUUGCGUGAUACGCAACAUUGUGCGUACACGCGCAUAUAUUCACGUACAUAUCCCACUGUGUAAGUCGUAAGACGGUGUCUUCCACGCAGCGCGGCGAGAUCGCAAGCGAUCCUUGUGGAACGUCCGAACGGCGCGCGACGUAACGCGAACGUCAAUAACAGACGCAAUAAAAAGACUUUCGUUUCUCUCCUUCAGUCACACCCCGAGAAAUGUGUUUGCGGAAGUUGUAACACUUAUUUUCACACGCAGCCCAACUUUUACUUCGUGCAACACGUGAUCGGCACCGAUGUAAGCCAGCCGCUUGUCGAGCGACACGACCGAUUUCUUCAGACUUCUUUCCCAUUGACGUUGCGGUUUUACGGCGGCUCUACACAACGUUUUAGCGAUAGCAUCGGGCAGAAAAUUUACCUGCUUUGCGACACGAUAGCCACCGACUGGCGCGACCUUACUGAUUGUGCGUACUGCGCUUGGUUCAACUCGAACUUCACCAGCGACGAUCCGAAUUCAGUUGUUUUCACGAUAUGCGUUCUCGCGCUCUAACGAUGUUACUAUGUAUUAUAUAUUCUAGAUGCAAAUAAAACCUAGUCCAUUACUAA